AACAAAAAAGAAAACAUUAAUAUAGAAACUACUGUGGACCCUAUGUCUAAUUUUUUUAUCACAUUUUUCUCCGAAAAGAGCAAAAAGGAAGCAAAUGCAGACAAAGUUAAUAAAAGUAACGGCAAUAUAACGUCAAGUCCAAUAUAUGAUACCAAAAUUCAUGAGGAACCGAAAUCUCUACACAUCAAUAAUAAUCCUCUUCCUACUGCGUCAGAUAAUAGUUCAAAAAUUCCAUCUGUAUCAAUAAACUCUUCUGAAAGUAAUAUUUAUAUUUUAAGAAUAAACUCGUUAAAUGAUAAAUCUCAGGACGACUCUUCAUCCAUGAGUAAAGAUUCUUCUACUGCAUCAAAUUCUGGCUCAAGAGCAUCAUCCUUCUAUGAAAGACCGUUAGAAAGCCGUUUUCUACAGUUAGAGAAGGAAUUUAAAAAGCAGAAGGAAAAAUUAAAGAGAUUGGAAGAUGAGUCAAAAAUGAAACAUCAAGCAUUGCGAAAGCAAAACGAGGCCUUAAAAGAAAAACUGCAAACUUUGGAAGAAACUUUGAAGGAUAAAUGGAGAAAAAAACAAUCAAGUUGUAAACAUACCAAGCUAGCUAGAGUUG